AUGGGUGUAACAGAAAAAUUCAAGAAACUAAGUAUCAGUCCAAGUGUGAACGGGAUGAUUAGUCGAAUUGUAGCUGAGAAUGAUGUUUUCUACCGACUAGAACAACGUAACACACCAGAUCUAACGCUUGAGGAAAAAAGAGAUUUUCUGGCAGAUUUGUAUGUUAGUGACCCACGUUUGUUUCUGCGUCGUUACCAUGAAUAUCUGUCGCCGGAGGAUUGUGAUUGUUUUGAUGAUGAUGAUUACGAAAACAAAUUUUACAUGAAAAAGAUCAUUCAAAAGUCAGAAAUUGUCGACAUUAAAAAGCACGAUGAAACGAAGUUUCGAAAUAAGCGUUACGCAGAAUUAUUACGAUUGAAGAAGGAAACAGAUUAUUUCACAGAUAAAAAAAUGCGAGAACGAGAGCCCCUUUUAUUUGACAAAAUGAUUGGACGAUUUUUACCUGAAGAAGAGCAGUUCUAUCUCAGACCUACUAUUGAGAAUGAAUCUCUCUCUGGUGUAUUUAUGCAAUUUGAAGAUUCGCAAAUUAUUUCGAAUCGACGUGCUGCUCAGCUUAGUGAAUGGAAUGAGUUUUUAAAGGUAACAACUGUUAUAAUAGCAGUUUUAUUUGAAGUAGUGUAUAAAAAGUGUAAGUUUAUCGGAUCAACAAAUGGCGACAAUAACUGCGAAAAACCUAAAUUGGGUAAAUUGGGUAGUAUUGCACAUCAUGCCAGUAAUCGACUCUUUGAAAUUGAAAGUAACGAAGCUGACGAGAUGAAACCAGAAACUUGUUUUUCUGCUAGUGAUGACUGCCAGCCAAGUUCGAGUCGCAGUGAAGACCAGGAAUCAGCUUCCGAAUCAUCCGAAGAUGGCCGUGAUCAGGAGCAGUUAAGAGCAGAUUUCAUUGAUCAUAUGGAGCAGAGAUUUUUGAGUGGUGAAGACAAAGAGUUUUACGAUUAUUCUCGCAUCGACAGCUGCACAACAAAGGAGUAUGAAAAAAUGCAUGAUCAAGAUUUGGAAGAUGCAUACUUUGAAAAUGAUUAA